CCUGUAAGGACCGGGGAGGAGCGUGAGCCUGUACCUGACCGUUCGUGUGUCUAUCAAACACACAUUAUCAGAUGUUUGGGAUUAUGAAUGAAUAACCACUUCUUCCAUAAACCCAUUCAGCUUCCCGUACUUGGAGUGGAUGACAGAUCACAGAAAGAACAUAAAGGACAUCCUCCGCCGGCUUGCUAUGGCCUCUGUUUUGAGCAGUGCCUCAUAUUACUCAAGCAGAUCUCAGUAAACACUGUGGUGGUUUGAGCUGUAUGCUGCUGCAUCAGGGAUGAUCAUGUCCCAUAUGAACGGUUAUGUGCAAGAGGCCUCUGGUCAGGCCAUCAGCCACAGGGAGAGGGCAGUGGACUGUCCAGGGGACGACAGUGGCCUCAUCAAAUCUCCACACUGCAGUGCCCACAUGGAGAGGAUCCAGCACUACCAGGAGGAGCUCAAGAAGAGGAGAGAGGAGGACAGCAGGGGGAAGCAUGACAUCGACCCCAACGCUUCACUGAGGCUCAAGAAGCUGGCACAGAACCCCAAGGUGGGCAUUGACAAUCCCACCUUUGAGGGAAAGGAAAAGGCCACCAAAGACACAUUCUCCCAGGAUCCUGUAGCCGAUAUGGUGGAGCUGCUGCAGGCUCUGAAGUGGGCAAAGCACUGCCUGGCUGAUGCACAAAGCCAGGAGGAUGUGGAGCUGAUAAUGCAGCUCCUUGCCAAGGAGGACUUCAAGAAUGCCUACACCAUCUACAGUGCUGUCUCCGAGCAGAUGACCAGAGUCAUUCCCACCUCACCCCUCACAUCACAAGCAGAGGACCUCUGCCAGGAGGUCCAGAAGAUUCUCCAGUCGAGCCAACAUAAGGAGGGUUUGGAGCUCAAGGUUCUGCUCACCAAACCUCAUCUCCAGGCUCAUGACAGUGUGGCAGGGCAGGAAAUGGAAGAAGACAAUUUGACCCAGUACAUUGGAGAGACAGUUAAGCUGGUGCGGCUGGAAAAGGCCCGUGACACUCCACUGGGUGCAACAGUACGUAAUGACAUGGACAGUGUGUUGGUGAGUCGGGUGGUGAAAGGUGGAGCAGCAGAGAAGAGCGGCCUUCUCAGUGAGGGAGACGAGAUCCUGGAGAUCAACGGGGUAUCUAUUCGUGGGAAACACGUCAAUGAAGUCCACGACUUACUGCAACAAAUGCAAGGCACUCUGACAUUCCUCCUCAUCCCGAGCUCUCAGAUUAAACCUGCUCCACACAGACAGACUGUGAUGCACGUACGAGCUUACUUUGACUACGACCCCUCCGAUGACCCCUUCGUGCCAUGUCGGGAGCUGGGCCUGUCCUUCCAGAAGGGAGACAUCCUCCAUGUCAUCAGCCAGGACGACCCCAACUGGUGGCAGGCCUACAGGGACGGAGAUGAGGACAACCAGCCUCUGGCUGGACUCAUUCCAGGAAAAAGCUUCCAGCAACAGAGAGAGACCUUGAAGAAAACUAUAACAGACAGGAGUCGAGAGCACCAAGGGAGGCUUUGGUAUGCAAAGAAAAGCAAGAGACAGAAGAAGAAGAGCCCGUCUACCUUGAGCAGAGACUUUGACUACGAUGACAUCCUGACCUAUGAGGAGAUGUCACUCUAUCACCAGCCUGCCAAUCGUAAACGCCCCAUUGGUCUAAUCGGUCCCACAAACAGCGGUCACGAUGAGCUGCGUCGAAGACUUCUGUCCAUCGAACCGGAAAAGUUUGCUGUUGCUGUUCCACACACAACCAGAAACUCAAGGAUACAUGAGCGGAAUGGGCGCGAGUACCAUUUUGUGAGUCGGCCUGCCUUUGACACCGACUUAGCGGCAGGGAAAUUCAUUGAGUCGGGGGAAUAUGAGAAGAACUUUUACGGCACCAGCACCGACUCAGUUCGACACGUCAUCAACUCUGGACGCAUCUGUUUGCUCUGCCUCCACACCAGGUCACUGCAGGUAUUCAGGUCCUCCAACCUCAAGCCCUAUGUCAUCUUCAUCGCUCCUCCUUCUCAGGAACGUCUACGCACCCUGCUGGCCGCAGAGGGGAAAACACCAAAGCCCGAAGAGCUAAAGGAGGUUAUUGAAAAGGCCCGCGAGAUGGAGCACAAUUUCGGCCACUUCUUUGACGCAACCAUCGUGAACAUGGAUCCAGAGCAGGCAUUCCACGAGCUGCGCAGGCUGAUAGACAAGCUGGACACUGAACCGCAGUGGGUGCCCACCUCUUGGCUGUGCUAGAGGUCACAGGGUGUGACUGCAGGUAGCCACAGGGUUGAAGGAGUCAAACAUAAAUUAAUGUUCCUGGUGAUUGAAAAAUGAAGGAUGGACAGUGCUGAUUGUGUUUGGAUAUUCACAUGCACAUUCUCCUCGUUUGUAGAAGAGGUGAUCUUUACGGCAUGUUGCAGGGAUGGACUCUUUCUCACUUUUCAUUAACUUGUUGUUGGUGUCUUUGUGGUUUUUUUCUGUUUGUUUAUUGUUGAUCUCAGUUUUAUGCAAAGUCAUUUAUCAAACACAUAGAAAUGUUUCUAUCCUAUUCUGAAUAGUUAUUUAUAAUUGUAAAUAUAUAUAUUUUCUAGCCAAAAGGAUAAAAUAUUUUAUCGAUUUUUCUGUGCGUGUGAUAUACAACUGUCACACUCAACUUGAAGAGUGUGACUGUCACAAUUUUGAAAUAGCUUCUUGAUAAAGCAGUAAACCAAAAGCUGUUUGGGUACGAAUUAGAAGAAUUAGUGACUGCUGUGUAACGUCUUCCAUUCAGUAACACGGAUGCAAAAUACUGCUGUAACCUGCACAGUUUUGAGGUACUUCCUCUACACCAGUGUCAGUAUUAUGUUUUGUAGUUUCAUGUCUCAUUUAUGCGGUGAUAACAGACCUCAAAUCUAAGAUAUUGUCUGUAGCUGAGAAUUUCAUAUUGCAAAGUACUCCUGUAAUAAUUUCCUUAUUGGUUAGUGUAACUCCAACAAAUACAGUAUUGCGUCUUUGCAGAGAACUUCUUGAAUGAUAAGCACAAUUCUGGAAAAGUGUUAAUAAAA